GUUGCUAGCAUGCGAUGUGAUCCGAGCUCUCUAGCUCUCUAGCUAGCUAUAGCGCAGCGCGCGCUCUAGAGCACAUUGCCAUUAGUUCGGCAACUUGGCCAUCACUAUUAGUCCAUGGACAUGGUCGGUCGGAGUGAGGAAUCUUCGGUGUGUCCCAUCACAUUUUUUACUUCCAGAUCUUGAACAUUUGAUUCGUGGACAUCUAGUAAAGUAAUCCAUUUACAAUGUGGAACUUUGACCCUGGUGGGAUGGAGGCAACUUCAAAUGACUUGCCCUUGAUGUCAAACAUUCAUGAUAUAAGGGUCAGGCAUUACCUUCUAAAUCUCAAGGUCAACUUCAAUGACAGGGUCUUCACUGGAAGUACAACUCUCUUCCUAGAACAGCCAGCUUCCUCUAAGAUGUGUACAUCAAGUCUGCAAAGACAAGAUGACGACCUGUCUCAUUCAUAUUCAUCUUCUGAAGAUGUUGAUGAGAAAAUGUCUUCUGCAAAGGAUGCUAGGUCUCCCAGUGGUCCUGCUUGUCAAGAACCUCUGGAAAGUUACAAUGUUUUGAGGACCAAAUCAUGCUCUAUGUCUACAUGUAAUUUUGAAGAGUUUGGUGCAGGCUCUGUUCAUGUAGAUUCUACAGAGGUAACUGGAUUUAUUUUGCCAACUGUGGGUCUUGACAGGAAUUUAAUAGUUUCUAAUGAGGACUCUGAUGAAAUUGACCCUGCCAAUACAUGUACUAGCGUCAAUCCAAAACUAAUGGAAAACAUGAAAAUAUUGAAGGACAUUGCAUCUUCAGAAAGUAAAUCAUGCCAUGAAAGGCCAGGCAAGGUUCUUGAUUCUUUUACCAGUCUAAAUGAAGGAAUUGGAUAUCCUUCUCCAUGUCUAAGGGGACAGGAUGCCAAACAAACGAUCAACACCAGUCCUGAACAGAGUUCAUUGCAUUUGUCUCAUUGUGAUGAUAAUGACUUUGCCUUGAUACUUGAUUGUUGUGAUAUUGACAUUCAUGCAGUGGAAGAAAUAAUUAUAGAUGAAAAAAAGUUUGGACUAAAUCCUAUAAAUACAAUGUCAUCAGAACAAUUGGUAGUUGAAAAUCAGGACUUGCCUUUGGAAAAUGAAAGAGAAUUUUCUUUGGAUAGUGAAAGGGAACCAGUUAAAAACUCACCAUGUCAUGGAACUGCCCAGAAUCCCCUCACAGAAAAUUUGUGUUAUACUCCAAACGAAUACAGCGUCAGAAGAAAACGAUUUUUGACUUGUCAAUCAAUGCAGAGGAUUUCUCUUGAAUUUAAAGUGGAACCUUGGAGCCUCAAAGUUUGGAAGAGAGGAGUGAAGAAACCAGAUGACUUUCCUGCAGCUGUAUGUAUAACCUACAGAACCCGACCUUCUGGAAGGUCAUUAACUUGGGCUGUUGAUCAAGAUGGUAGGCCAUGUGUAUUUACCCAAGGAGCAUGGAUCAACAACCGGUCUCUCUUUCCAUGCCAGGAACCCCCUGGUGCUAUGGCAACCUGGCAAGCUAUCAUCCAUGCUCCAGAAGAUUGUAUGGUUAUCAUGAGCGGAGAUGAAGAAGGUGAUGUGUUACAGAAGAAACAAGGGAUGGUGUCCACUCUCCACUUCACAGAUAUGCUGCAACCUAGCUCCAUUGUUACUCUUGCCAUUGGAGUUUGGAGAUGUUAUAAUGUACCAGUCCCACAAGAUGUAGAUGAAUGGAGAUCAAAUCGAAAGCAUUUGUUUUCAUUAGCGGAAAGAAAAGUUGAAAAUGAAGGGAAGAUUCGUCAAGAAAGAUGCAAUCAUGACGAGUGGCCAUGUCGUAUAGGAUGUUACAACCAACCAAUUAUUCCAUCCCGCAUCAUAGCCCCACCCUCACUCUAUGAAGCUGCUGUAAAAGAGUUUGCCUCUUAUUUACCAAAGUGUCUGUAUGCUGUCUUCAGUCUCCUUGGACCACAUCCAUUUUCACGUCUUGAUCUGCUUAUCUUACCUCGCUGCUUUGCAAGUCUUGGAUUGGCUAGCCCAAGUCUGAUCUUCCUCUCUCAAACCCUGUUAUCUGGUGACGGAAGUUUUCUUUCUCGUCUCGCUCAUGAAAUCAGUCAUUCGUGGUUUGGAAUCCUGAUCGGAGCUCGUGAUUGGACAGAAGAAUGGUUGAGUGAAGGAUUUGCAACAUUCAUGGAGGAUCCAAUUCAUGCAAUCACAGAGAAUUGGUCAUGGAAAGAGUACAAGGACUACUCCAAUCUCAAGGCCCUACUUAGGUACCAAGCAUUGAAAGGAGAGAUAGAGAACACAGAAUCAGAACUACAAAUCCUUAGACCUAUGACAGAUGGACCAGGAACUAGUGAAGGAAGUGAUGUUGGAUUUGUUAAGAAUGGUCUAAAUCCAGACAAGUGGUUUCUGCAGGUGCAUUAUUUGAAGGGAUAUUUUCUCUUACAUCACAUAACUAGGCACCUUACCAUGGAGAAAACCCUGUGCUUCAUUAAUCAUUAUGUGAUGCAUUACCAUGGAAACUUGGUCCUGUCAAAAGACAUAUUCAGCCUUUUGUUUGAAGAGUACCCUGAGUUAAAACAUAGAGGCAUCACCAUGGAAACUAUCUAUUCGGAGUGGUUGGAUAAACCAGGAAUGCCAGAUGAGUUGGAUCCACAGAUUUACCAGCAUGACAAUACUCUUGUUUCUAGUGUACUGUCUGAGGUUGAAAGAUGGAAAGCUUAUGACAAGUUUCAUCAGAAAUCCAAGAAGACAAAGAAGAAAAAGAAGAGGAGAAGAAUGAUGUCUCCUUUGUUUCAAAAUAAUCCUGCUUUAGAGCUUACUCCAGAUCAGCUGAUCCUCCUCUUAGAAGGAAUCUUAGAUGUGGAAACCAUGGCAAAAGAAACUCUGGUUGAUCUUGAUACAACCUACUGCCUCAAAGAUCAGAAUGCAGAGGUACGACAUCGUUGGUGUGAGCUGGUCAUCAAACACAAGCUCACUAAAUCAUAUCCUGAUGUGUGUCUCUUUUUGAAAGAAGAACAGGCAAUGGGUGUCUUUCUUUAUGGGGAGAUGAUGGCAUCAGAAGAUGUAGUACAACAGGAGCUAGCAAGGGAGUGCUUUAAAUCUGUUGCCAUGGAGAUAGAUAGAGGAUGCUACAGAACAGUCCAUGAGAUGGUUUAUGGAAAGCCAGCAGAGAGAGACGACGGUUGAUUCACUUGGCAUUGAAUUGAGUGAGAUAGGUAAAAGGUGGAACAGGACAGGACAGGAAAGUCAGUAAAGAUCAAUUAUUGUAGAUUUCCUAAAUUGGAUGGUUUAGGAUAUGAUGAGAUGAAAGAAAACUAAGAGUUUUGAAAGAAAGAUGAUUGCAUUUUCUUGGCACAAACCAGAGACAAAUAAAAUGUGGAUUGUACACGAAUGACCUUGACAAAAUUUGGAUAGACUCAGCAAAGGUAAAUGAUUGCAGAUUUGCAUGGCAGUGGCCUGUUAAAGGCAGAUGCAUGUGUAGGUAAACAGUACUACAGGAUUUUCAUAAGAUGCUUAACCCUGUCUAGGCCGGGUGGGCUUCAAAAUAAUUAUUUUCACCUGACAAAAGUUGUUAUUUUUGCACUUUUUUUUGUUUGAGCCCAAAUGAUUUUUAAAUCAUGAUAAUGCUGAAUAUCUAGGCUUUAAAAUGGUGUAGGUUUUCAAACAAGAAUCGGUUUAAUCGGGUUAAGAUCACACUUUUCAUUGGUCAAGUACAUAAAGCAGCUUGAAAACAAGAAUACUGCACUCUGAUUGGUCAAAGAGAACACACUCAACGGUUCCAGUGCUGUGUUCAUAUUUAGGUCACACUCCCCAUGUGGUUAUCUCAUAAAAUUAUCCGAGUUGUUGUUUUAAAAGCCUUAUCCAGCCAAUCUGAACUCUAGAUUCCAUGCUACUCCAAAAUUGUUGAAAGCUCGUCUUGUACCUUGGUGGGAAAAGUGUGUUCUUGACCAGAUUAAAAGAUGCCACAUAUUAAGAGUGACAUUGUGAGAAGAUACAAAAAUUCAGCUUUGUGGUGAUAUAGACAUCUUUGAGGCUCAAAGUAAAAACUUUUGCACAAUUUGCGACAGAAAACAGAGGGAAAAAAAAAAAUCAGUUUUGAUGCACAUUUUCAUGCCUGAAUUUGCCUAUUUAUUUGCUUACUUAUAUAUGAAAGAGAAACAUUUACUCUGUCUAAUUGUUGCAAAGAUAUUUAAUUUGAGUUAAGGAUAAAGCAGGUAAAAUCUUAUGAUUUGAUAAUGCUUUCCACUCUAUUUUUGUGUGUUUUAACUUUCUAUUACUCUCUCCGUAAUGUUUUUUAUAUUUGUGCAAUAAUUGACACAUAUUGUCACAAUAUCAGUCACUUAAAUAAUUCAUCGUUCAUUAUUUGAAAAUAGAAUAUUCUGUUGAUUUCUGUAGAAAACAUAUUUAUAUCCUGCGAUAUUUUCUUAUUUUGUUUAAUUAUACUGAACUUAAGUUAAUUGUCACCCCGUGUUCAAUCCUAUUUAUCUAUCAAUUAAUUUGCAAUAAUUCGAAACAGUUAAAAUUUAUCAAAUUUUCUUUAACCUUGACACCUUGCUGCACACAGGCUUACUGUUUCUUUUCAUAUUAUUUUGGCCUGAAAAAAUAUUGAUUCUGUUUUUGUGUACGCAACAGACUUGCUUUAUUUAAAUUUCAAUCAGUUGACUCUUGCGUCAACUACACAACUAUUUUUCUGCUUUUGUUCAUUGUUGUUCGUUUAGCCCUAUUUGUUGGUUUCUGUAUUUUAAUUCAAACAUUAUAUUAGAAAGUUGAUUUAUUGCUAUUUCCAUAAUUUGCAUUUGGCAUUUUAUCAAUGUUAAUUUAAUUUAUGUUUUAUCUUUCCCCAUUGUAUAAUUUUACUAUCUCUGUUGAUUUUUUGUUUGUAAAUUGAACAUUUUCAGCCUGCGAGCUGCCUGUUUGAUAUUUGUUUCAAUAAACCAUACCAAUGAUUCACAAGAUUUUGCAGGGAGGAGGAUUGAGCCACAAGAGGAUUUGGAUGAAUCUGGCCUGUUUGCUCAUUAGCAUAGGGACCUGCGGUCUGACUGUGGAAUCUUCAUGACUUUAAUAUUUUCUAUGAAAUCUAGUUUUGGAUUUCAGUAUGAAAAAUUUUGAAGUAACGAGUUUUCAAAAACGUACAAUAGAUUCAGAUGUGGAAAUGUAUGAAUUUGAAUUAUUUUUUGUACAUUCUUUCACACAGGCUUAUUCAAAAUCAAUUGUAUCUUUAAUGUGACUGGCCUCUAUCUGCAUUAUGUUGAUUAUUAGAGAGUUAUAUACACUUGUUAAAAUAAAAACUUGUCUGUUAGUUGAA